AUGGACAGUGGAAGUCGAAUACAAACGAACCAAGAGGGCGGCUAUGGCUUGUAUCAAGUUCAAUGGGAUCUAGAUCCUCCACAACAAGCGCUGUAUCAACCGACGGAUGAGUCGCCCACUCUCUACUUUCUUUCAUCUCCCGAUUAUCCAAUGCAGCAACAACGCCAACAACAACAACACCGACACCAACAUUUACGACAAUCUACGCCCAGAAUGACAACCGAGUACGAAGUGGCAUCCAAUCCUGGCGAUGCCGUAUUUAGCUACACAAUGUUUCUAGCAGGCUGUUUGGCCACUUUUCUUUUGUAUUUGCUGUUGCCCAAAGGCUUUCGCAAACAAUACUUUCAAGCCAAACGAAAACGCUACGCUCGGAGUGACGACAGGGAUAUGCCCGCAGCCGGUUAUUGGUUGCCGGUCAAGCGACAGCAGCAGCAGCAACAACAACAGCCUACUUCUGCGGAAAGCUCGAGGGGAUCGCGCAGUCCUGCUCGUAGUCAUCAAUUAGCACAUCCUGUCACUCCCGAACGCACGCCCCGCAAGAAUAACGACGUUCCUCCGAGUCCAGAGCAUCCCGCACUCCACACACUUCCACCCAACAAAAUUAUUGCCGAAACCAUGGCUCGAUUGCAAAAUAGAGGAAUUCGAUUGGUAGCUCAUGGAGUUCAUUGCAAUCCCAAGCGCGUUUGGAUCAAACUCGAUGACGAAUCCACCAGUGUUACCUGGCAAACGGAAUUUCCGAGACGAGUGCCCAAUCAAUCGGGAAAAGUUAGCAUCGUGCUCAUGCGUGGGUCCUUGCACCGGAUUGCACUUUGCAAUGUACUGUACAUUGAUGUGGGCAAGAAAACAAAUGCCCUUCAAAAACUACCCGAAUCGGUUCCUGCGCCAUGCUGCUUUUCACUCUUGACGCAAAAUGGCAGUUUGGAUUUGCAAGCCAAUAGCAAAUUGGAACGGGAUGCUUUGGUCAGCUGCUUUAGUAUGAUACUGGAUGAUGUCCACACAGAAGAUUGGAGAGCCAUUUACGAGGCUACUCCAGAGCCAUCCUUGGUCAAUUCGGGUGCUGGUGACGAGGGACCUACGGGCAAGGGGACCAUGGUGAUGAAUCUAUAG